AUGUCGCAUUCCUCCUCGACCCCAUUUACUGUUGACAACAUCCCGUUUGGGGUGAUUUCAACCAACGAUAACCCCAACCCAAGAUGUGCCACAGCGCUAGGUCAUGACGCAAUUGACCUCAGCGCUCUGGAGAGCGAUGGCUUCUUUGAUGCCAUUCCUGAAUUCUGCGACAAAUCCAUCUUCUCGAAGCCUUAUCUGAACGAUUUUGCGGGUUUUUUCAUUGAAAGCCGUCGGCAAGCUCGGCAUCUUCUGCGUGGCAGCCUGCUUCAACUGCGAGAAGAUGAAACGCAGGCGCAUCGAUAUUUCAUCGCGCUAUCUCGUGUUAAGGGUUACUAUCCUAUGCAGACGAACAACUUUUCGGAUUUCUACUGUUCGCAAGAGCAUGCUCAAAAUUUACAUUCAUCUCCUAAGCUUCAUCACUGCAAGGACGAAAGUCUGAACGUUGAAACUACAUUGACCCGCCCCCAUGGUGUUUUUAAAGAUGAUGUCGGGGAGUACACUUUCACUCCGACCAAAAAAUCGGACAUGGAACUAGAAAUGGGAGUAUUCAUUUCCAAGCCUUUGAUACCUGGGCAGGUUUUGGAUAUCAAGAAUGUCGCAGACCACAUAUUUGGCUUUGUCAUUCUCACAGGGUUCGGGACUUCGAUUUCCCCAUGGAUCGUGACUAUGGAUGCCCUUGCCGCGGUUAAGAGUGCGGUUAUGAUUAAGCAGGACCCUGGUCCGUUACCUCAUUUGACAUGGAAAGGAAAUGAUGGAGAUGCGACACUCGAUAUUCACCUCCCUGCCCAUUCUUUGAGAAACGAGAAGUUGUAUGACUUUACCGAGACCAACCUCAAUGAGCUCUAUUGGACUCCAUUUCAACAACUCACUCAUCUUGACAGUGCAGGUGAGGGUCUAACGACUGGAGACAUCUUUGGAACGGGAACCAUCUCCAGUGCUCGUGUAAAUGCAGAUGGAGAAAAGGUAGGUCUAGCAUGUCUGGUAGAGCGCUCGCUCCCUCACACCUCCCUCUCGUGUCUGAAGGAAGACGGCAUUUUGUGGUUCGAAGAUGGCGAUGAGGUGAUCAUGGAAGGAUUCUGCACCAACAAGGCGACCGGAUGCUAUUUUGGAUUUGGGCAAUGCCGAACAACGAAUACCCCGGCCGUAAAGCUAGAUCUGUAA